CGCACGCGCGGUUCCGAGCCGGACUCUACGCCGGGUCUUGGCGCGGAUCGCGUCCCGGGGCGGCGCACGCACACCUGGGCGGGGCGCGGGCCGCUCUGCUUCCGAAGCGGCUCCGACGCCGUCGCUGGGACCAAGAUGGACCUCCCGGCGCUGCUCCCCGCCCCGACUGCGCGCGGAGGGCAACAUGGCGGCGGCCCCGGCCCGCUCCGCCGAGCCCCAGCGCCGCUCGGCGCGAGCCCCGCGCGCCGCCGCCUGCUACUGGUGCGGGGCCCUGAAGAUGGCGGGCCUGGGGCGCGGCCCGGGGAGGCCUCCGGGCCAAGCCCGCCGCCCGCCGAGGACGACAGCGACGGCGACUCUUUCUUGGUGCUGCUGGAAGUGCCGCACGGCGGCGCUGCCGCCGAGGCUGCCGGAACACAGGAGGCCGAGCCUGGCUCCCGUGUCAACUUGGCAAGCCGCCCCGAGCAGGGCCCCCGCGGCCCGGCCGCCGCCCCCGGCCCUGGCGUAGCCUCGGCGGGCGCCGUCACCAUCAGCAGCCAGGACCUGCUGGUGCGCCUCGACCGCGGCGUCCUCGCGCUGUCUGCGCCGCCCGACCCCGCAACCGCGGGCGCCGCCGCUCCCCGCCGCGCGCCCCAGGCCUCCGGCCCCAGCACGCCCGGCUACCGCUGCCCCGAGCCGCAGUGCGCGCUGGCCUUCGCUAAGAAGCACCAGCUCAAGGUGCACCUGCUCACGCACGGCGGCGGUCAGGGCCGGCGGCCCUUCAAGUGCCCGCUGGAGGGCUGUGGCUGGGCCUUCACAACGUCCUACAAGCUCAAGCGGCACCUGCAGUCGCACGACAAGCUGCGUCCCUUCGGCUGUCCAGUGGGCGGCUGUGGCAAGAAGUUCACUACGGUCUAUAACCUCAAGGCGCACAUGAAGGGCCACGAGCAGGAGAGCCUGUUCAAGUGCGAGGUGUGCGCCGAGCGCUUCCCCACGCACGCCAAGCUCAGCUCCCACCAGCGCAGCCACUUCGAGCCCGAGCGCCCUUACAAGUGUGACUUUCCCGGCUGUGAGAAGACAUUUAUCACAGUGAGUGCCCUGUUUUCCCAUAACCGAGCCCACUUCAGGGAACAAGAGCUCUUUUCCUGCUCCUUUCCUGGGUGCAGCAAGCAGUAUGAUAAAGCCUGUCGGCUGAAAAUUCACCUGCGGAGCCAUACAGGUGAAAGACCAUUUAUUUGUGACUCUGACAGCUGUGGCUGGACCUUCACCAGCAUGUCCAAACUUCUAAGGCACAGAAGGAAACAUGACGAUGACCGGAGGUUUACCUGCCCUGUCGAAGGCUGUGGGAAAUCAUUCACCAGAGCAGAGCAUCUGAAAGGCCACAGCAUAACCCACCUAGGCACAAAGCCGUUCGAGUGUCCUGUGGAAGGAUGUUGCGCGAGGUUCUCCGCUCGUAGCAGUCUGUACAUUCACUCUAAGAAACACGUGCAGGAUGUGGGUGCUCCGAAAAGCCGUUGCCCAGUCUCUACCUGCAACAGACUCUUCACCUCCAAGCACAGCAUGAAGGCGCACAUGGUCAGACAGCACAGCCGGCGCCAAGAUCUCUUACCUCAGCUAGAAGCUCCGAGUUCUCUUACUCCCAGCAGUGAACUCAGCAGCCCAGGCCAAAGUGAGCUCACUAACAUGGAUCUUGCUGCACUCUUCUCUGACACACCUGCCAAUGCUAGUGGUUCUGCAGGUGGGUCGGACGAGGCUCUGAACUCCGGAAUCCUGACUAUUGAUGUCACUUCUGUGAGCUCCUCUCUGGGAGGGAACCUCCCUGCUAAUAAUAGCUCCCUAGGGCCUAUGGAACCCCUGGUUCUGGUGGCCCACAGUGAUAUUCCCCCAAGCCUGGACAGCCCUCUGGUUCUUGGGACAGCAGCCACGGUUCUGCAGCAGGGCAGCUUCAGUGUGGAUGACGUACAGACUGUGAGUGCAGGAGCAUUAGGCUGUCUGGUGGCUCUGCCCAUGAAGAACUUGAGUGACGAUCCACUGGCUUUGACCUCCAAUAGUAACUUAGCACAUAUCACCACACCGACCUCUUCGAGCACCCCCCGAGAAAAUGCCAGUGUCCCGGAACUGCUGGCUCCAAUCAAGGUGGAGCCGGACUCGCCUUCUCGCCCAGGAGCAGUUGGGCAGCAGGAAGGAAGCCAUGGGCUGCCCCAGUCCACGUUGUCCAGCCCAGCAGAGCGGCACGGUGCCCAGGACACAGAGCCCAGUGCAGGCACCGGCAACUUCUAUUUGGAAAGUGGGGGCUCAGCAAGAACUGAUUACCGAGCCAUUCAACUAGCCAAGGAAAAAAAGCAGAGAGGAGCGGGGAGCAAUGCAGGAGCCUCACAGUCUACUCAGAGAAAAAUAAAAGAAGGCAAAAUGAGUCCUCCCCAUUUCCAUGCAAGCCAGAGCAGUUGGUUGUGUGGGAGCCUCGUGGUGCCCAGCGGAGGACGGCCAGGACCAGCUCCAGCAGCUGGGGUGCAGUGCGGGGCGCAGGGCGUCCAGGUCCAGCUGGUGCAGGAUGACCCCUCCGGCGAAGGUGUCCUGCCCUCGGCCCGUGGCCCAGCCGCCUUCCUCCCCUUCCUCACUGUGGACCUGCCCGUCUACGUCCUCCAGGAGGUGCUCCCCUCAUCUGGAGGCCCUGCUGGACCGGAGGCCACCCAGUUCCCAGGAAGCACUAUCAACCUGCAGGAUCUGCAGUGACGGCAGCCUCGGCCUGGGCAGGCCCAAGGCCACGGUCUAGGACACACCUUCCCUGAGACUCAUGACAUGAGCCUGGGGAGACCUCAUUUGGUUUCCGUUCAGAAGACCAGCGUAGCCCUUUUGAGACUUUUGGGUACAUUUAUCAAAAAUGUCUUCCUUUUGUUUUACCAGGAAUGAGUUCGGGCUAUACUCUUUGAAACUGCCUUUGUGAGCAAAGUGCUUUGGCAAGGCAAGGGUCUCCCUCAGCAGGGCUAGGUGCACUACAGCCCCUUUCCCCGUGUCCCGUUGGAUCUGAGCUGUGUAGCACUUGUUGCAUUACAAAGAAAAAGACUUCUGCAGGAAAGAGGGUAGAGAACAGGCUGUCUAGUCAGAUGCAACUUGAUCUGUGGCAAAACCAAGUGUGGUCUUUCAGCUUCAGUGUGUUAGCAUCCCAGCACCUGGGAUGGGGUUUGUGGGCAAGUUGGUUUUGCCACACUGUAGGGCCCAGGUGGUCCCGUUGCCACCGUAAAGCCAAAUUCUAGCCCAAGUCUGGUAGAGCAGUCGGGCAGCUAGUUUCCGGGGGAGAAUGAUGUGGUGGGACAGAGGACCUCAGUGGCCUAUUAUGGAGCCCUCUUCCCAGACUAAAUUCAUAGCCGAGAGCUCGGGGGGGAUGGUAGAGUUAAAAUUUAAAAUAAUUUUCUAAAUUCUGUAUUUGGAUAUUAGUGUUUAAGUGGUAAUUUGGCAACAGUUUAUAAAGUGAUGUUCUGAAUACCAUAAAUUAUGUGUAGGACUGUGA